UUCUUCUUCUUCUUCUUCUUCUUCUUCUUCUUCUUCUUCUUCUUCUUCUUCUUCCUCUUCUUCUUCUUCUUCUUCUUCUUCUUCUUCUUCUUCUUCUUCUUCUUCUUCUUCUUCUUCUUCUUCUUCUUCUUCUUCUUCUUCUUCUUCUUCUUCUUCUUCUUCUUCUUCUUCUUCUUCUUCUUCUUCUUCUUCUUCUUCUUCUUCUUCUUCUUCUUCUUCUUCUUCUUCUUCUUCUUCUUCUUCUUCUUCUUCUUCUUCUUCUUCUUCUUCUUCUUCUUCUUCUUCUUCUUCUUAUUCUUCUUCUUCUUCUUCUUCUUCUUCUUCUUCUUCUUCUUCUUCUUCUUCAAUUUUGGUUUAAAUUUCCGCCAAUUUGCGGCGUCUUAAAACGGUCAGUUUAAUUUAUACUCAACAAGGUGGAUAGCUGUGUAAAAUAGACACUAUUCGGCCCGGUGUUUUUUCAAAUAUAUUAUGACGGGAGGUAAUCCAUAACUGUUGAAGGGUUUUUAAAAAUUGAAUCAAACUUGGCACACUUAUAAUGCCUCAUAAAAGGAACAAUAUGGCAGCAAUUAAUUUUUUUCUUAAGAGAGUAUUUUUUUUGUGACGGCAUCCUUGCAGCUUCAGCUUAUAAUCUGACCAAAAUACCAGUACAGUAUGCGCUUAAAGCCACAAAAAAUUCAUUUGACAUAUUUUUCGGUUUUAACAUAAUUCGCAUAAAGAAAGGCUAAAAAUUGCCCGAAACUCCGGUUUGCCUGAUAUUCAAAUCAGGAAAUCUGAUUAUUUACGUGUUUAAAAUUACAGAAUGAUUCCCCAUAAUGAAAUAAAGUUUGCUUUGGAUGAUUUUAACCAUGUGGAAGCUAAAGCCAUGUUGGAAGAUAAAUUGGAAACUCUUGAGAGAAAAAUACAGGAAAAUCUAGCCAAAAAUAACAGUCAAGGAAUAUCUAAAACGUUGGAUUAUCUCGAGAAAAUUAUAGAAGCAAAAAGAAUAUACAUUGGAACCAUAAAGGAAACAGAUUACAUUUGUGAAACAUCUGUAGAUGAUCGAACUGCCUCCAUAUGUAUACAGAAACUUAAAACUGUAAUAAGUGUUACAAACAUUAUUGCAAUAAAGCUUUAUAGCACACUCAUGGCUCAACGUCAUUUAAAUGAAAAGGAUUUUGAAAAGUUUAAUGAGAUUCUUGUUGAUAUACUUCACAAAGAAUUUAAUAAAGACGUCGAAAAUUUUGAGUUUCUAUUGGAUCCUCUUGCACUUGGCGAUUUUACAAAUUUAUUUUAUUCAAUUUUCGGGCAUCCUGGCCGCCAUAAAAUCAUAGCAGAUUUUAUUAUUCAUAUCGAAUAUGUUAGCAGCAUGAAUGAGACACAUGAUGCGACAUUCAAGAAAUUUAUUUUAUGUGCAGGAAAGAGGAUGGUUGGUCCGUGCUUCUCUGCAAAAGAGGGCGACGUAAUCCCAAAAAGCUUACUAAUUCGUUCGAUUUAUAUACCAUACAACAAGAAGAUUACAGGAAUUGAAAAGCAUGGUAAAAAAAUGCAGCAGUUGGAAAUACCUGGGCCCGCCAUUUACACAAACGAUGAUGACAUAUUGAACAUGAAAUCAUUUACAGCAGUGGAUGUAAAUUAUGAUUAUUUUUUUCUAGACGAGAAGAAUUCCAAAGACUAUGUCAAUGCCUGCACAGACGACUGCUGUUCCUCCUUCAUGGAAACUGGAACAUAUACAGACAAUGAACUCACUAUUUGUAAAAAAAAGCCAGUCAUAUCGGAAAUGGAUAGCAUUUGGGUGCCAGAGAAUAUAAUCGUUGAGUUAAUACCGGCUGGUAAAAAGGGAACUAGUCAAGCGUUUUUAUCGGGUGCCAAAGUGAGAUACAGUCAAUCGUUGUUUGUCAUUGGUCCACAUUAUGUUGACCCAUUGAAGAAAUGUGGUGUCAAAAAGUGGGCUAAGAUGAUUAUCACGAGACGAAAAGACGAAAAAACUUGCGACCCUAAAGAGCCGUUACAUGGUAGAAACUAUGUCCGUUACUGUAGUGGAAGAGCCGGGUCCGGAUUGUGUUUACAAGCGGUAACCAAAGACAUGGAUGGCAAGUUUCUAUGGAAACGCACCGUGCUGUCUAGAGAGACAAACAUGGUAUCGACAGAAGGAGAAGAUCUUAGUCCGCCAUGCAAAAUAAAACCUCGCUCCUACAUUAUACCCGUGGAUAAAUCAAUAGUGAUAUGCAAAGAAGGGUACAAGAAAAACGGACCAUAUUCUUCUCGUUAGCAACGACCGUUCACUGAUCAUACCCUUACCGGUGACAAGGAAGAUUUAUUGUUGGUUGAUGAGAAGCUAAACCAGAAUAGCUUGCAGUGCCCUGCCAAGCGAGAACCCAAAUUUCGGGAGUGGCAGCAACAAAAAUCAUUUUUGCCUUAGUUCUAACAGUCUUAAAACUCAUCUGUUUUUCCACGCCAGAUCGUCUUUUAAAAAACUAUUAAUUUAUUUCUGUUGAUUUAUCAUUUAUACCAGCCAUAUUUAUUUUUAUGACUAAUGCAACCGUUUUCCAGUAAAUUUUGCGUGCGGAACAAGAUACAAAUUGUCUUACAAAUCUUUAUAUAAAGAGCCGUCUGUAGAGUGCGCAUGUUUUUUUAUAGAAACAAAGUUUACAAUUGUUGUGAGACGAAACUUUUAAAUUUGGCCCUUUUCUGCAAUGUUAUAUUCGGGAUUGAAUUGAUUUCUUUAUUGUGCUGCAGAUUUUUUUUUACUAUAACAUUUAAAAACAUAGUUUAAAUUUACGCGUACAGUUAAUGAGCGCUUAAAAAUUCUAAAUUAAAACAGCUUAUCCUGCUUCAGCUAUUUGCAAACUUUUUCUUAUCGAAUCUCCUCUUAAAAACGAGGCAUGAAAUAGUAAUCCAAAGAAGAGUAGAAGGUUUUUGACAACGAUUAGUAUGGCACUCGCACAGCCCUGUAACUGGUUAAUUUAAAAUCAAAUCAAGUUACAAGUACAGAUUCGUCUUUCUGAACACAAAUACAACAACAUAACGAAAACGGUCUAAAUUACCCCAGAAAAGGUUUACACUCACAUGCUCAGUAUUAACCACCUUGUAACUAUUAAACAACAACAAAUGAUUUAUUGCCUGUCAUUUCAAAGUCGUUUUUGGUGCAAAGCAUGAGAUUUGGUCACUUCAGUUCUUUGGGACUUAGCUAUUAUUAUUAUUGUUAUUGUUAUUGUUAUUAUUAUUAUUAUUAUUAUUAUUAUUAUUAUUAUUAUUAUUAUUAUUAUUAUUAUUAUUAUUAUUAUUAUUAUUAUUAUUAUUAUUAUUAUUAUUAUAUAGCGUAUGAAAUUAUAAUGGUCCGUGAUUCUAUGUGCGAUUAUCUUACACCCUAAACACAUUAAAUACUUUACAUGUUCCAAUUUUUUAAAAAAGAACCAUUUUUAAGGAACUUGGUGUUCUUUAACAACUUAUUAAAACAUUGUUAUAAAAGCGGAAUGUAUUGUUCUAUUGUUACUCACAAGACAAGAACGUGUCGUUCCCAUAGGGAAUUUGAUGGAAUUUAUG